CUUGACGCUUUUUGGCCGACGCGCGACUUGAAUUUGUCAAUUUUCAGUUCAGCUGCGGCUGCGGAACGAAAAUAACCGCGAAACGCUGAGCAUCGCGACGCUCGACCACGACGCCGACGCGCCUAUUUCGAAAUUUUCUCCCGCAUUUGUUCUGUAUUAUCGUGUCUACUUGUUGUUAUUGCAGAAACGGAAAUUGUAGUAUGACUGCGAUAUGGCCUAGGUUGCCAUCAGACCCAAUGAAGUAACCCACAAAGACCCAAAACCCAAAUAAAUGUAUGCUAACCCAAAAUCAGAACACCGUCAAGUCCCGAUCAGUAAACAAGAGCAAAAUAUCGCAAUGUGGGUGUCCUACAGAGCAUGUAUGUCAUAUUUCCGGCAGAUGAAAUAGUAUAUCUGUCAUAUGGUCACCUUAUAUACGUACCCUCCACUCCCCAGCCCGAUAACGAACUUAGAACGCCACCUAUUAGAACCUCACUCGAAGAAAAUCAACCGUCAUUCCCCAGUAGUACUCCAAGAAACAGUACAGUUCAAUUUAGUCAGCCAGAAACUCAAAAAUCUAGUAAACUAAAAGAAAAGUCCCGUCCGAGUAAAGACUGGGACAAGUUCGACUGUAUAGGUUCAAAAAGCAUCGACCUGGAAUCAAGAGGAUCCACAGAUAGAUUUAAGACCAACUAUUUUACUCCUGAACCUAGGACACUAGAACCAACCCAGCUUGUAAGUAGAUCAGAUUUAAUAAAUAGAUCUGGAAUCGCCAAGAACCAGGAACCUUCAACAUCCGGACACACCAACGUUCCAAAAGGUUCCAAAGCUCAAGAACCUUCCACAUCAGGAUAUAAAUCAGGAUCUUCAAAAAACUUGGAACAAGGCGAAUCUAGGCAUACAUUCGAUAGAUACAGAACUCCUAAUAGAUCUUUAAAAGCUAGAAACCCAGUAGAACCACAACAACCUGAUCAGUUUCAAAUAUUUUGUUCUGCCAAUAAACCUAAACAAAUCUUGAAACCUACAGAACCAGUUAGUCCAAAUCAGCAGAGUUUUAGAUUAGGUACAAUUAAUAAACCUCCAAGAAGUCAGAAAGUAGAAUCUGACACUCAGAAUUUAAUUAAUAAAUCGAAUAAAAACGUAACAGAGACAGAAUUUGGAUCUAGAAAUUUCGAACAAGAUUCUGGAAUAUUGAAACAAACUGGGAGUUCAAAUAAAUCCAUUAGGAUUAAAAAUAAAUCGGAAUCCGAAAAUACUGUCUUAGAACUGGAACUUGAGCUAGAAUCAACUAGUUUAAAUAGAUUAGGUUCUCUUAGCAAGACCUUAAGGAACAAAAACCAUUUGGAGAUUGAAAAUAUUGGUCUUAAGACACCUGAACCUUCAGAUACAGGUUCGUUACCGAGAACUAAAAGUAGAUUCUUAAAAAGCAAAGAAGGAGGUACUUUUGAACGAGCUUAUAACUCUAAUAGCACGAAAUCUAGUAAAUCUAGCAAAAAUAGUUCUAAUUCUUCAAAAUCUAGUGGUCCUAAGACAUUAGAACCAAAAGCAACUGGUGCAAGACAAAGAACUGCAUCAGACUCGGUAACUACAAAAAUUGAUAAAUCCAAGAAACGGUUGAGUAGUGACUCGUUUAGAUCUUUCCUUAGAUCUGUUAGUAGAGAAAAGACACCCGAACCACCACUUAGACCCGAGAGGAGGAGAGAAAAGAAGAUUUUGGAAGAUUCUUAUUCUGAACCUUUGACUCCAAAUCGAGAAUUAGUACCCCGCAGUGAUUUAAUUAAUACGAGAAGUGACCAAGUUCAAGAUGUUAAAAGUGCAAAACCAGUGAUAAAACGUGAAAAAUCACCUGUGAUACGCUUUUUUCGCGCGCAGUCUUCGAGUCCCAGGACCUUAGGACGGGACAAAACUGCUUUCGACUUCGAUGGACUUUUUAAACAGGAUUUGAGAAAGUUGACUGUUAAUUCGGACUCUGUAGGUAAUAAAACGCGUUUUGGGUCUGAUACGAAUAUUACCAAUUUGGGUGGUAAACUAUCAGAAAAGUCGCCGAUAAAGAAAAGGUCAUUCUUCAGAAGAAAACAGUCGCCAUCAGUACACAACGAAGCCAAUAUGGCGGGCAAUGAAUCGCCGCUGAAGGACCUUAUACAUCCGGCCUAUAACGAGCCAUUGAAAUCCCAUAAUGCCGUCACUUUUAAGCUCAUCCGUACCGUAUCGGAUUUCACACAGCAGCUGGGUCAAAUGUAUGAGCAUCACGCGGAAGAGCUCCAAAUGCUCGUCGCCAACUUCCGGAAACGAAAUGGCGAGCUCAGGAAGGAACGACCGGCAUGCCCAAGUUCGUUGUUUCACACGUGGGAAACUCUUCUCCAGGAAGUCGAGAUCGAUUCUCAAGCACUUGGAGAUAUCGCUUCGAUCCUUGGAAGGCAGGUGUCGAGGCCACUAUUAGAGAGGUCCUUUCAUAGGAAGAUACAAUCGCGGAAGGUGUUUACACAUAGAGAAAGUUACGAAACAAUAAUUGCGAAAACUGAGGAGAAAUUAGCUAAGUGUCGGCAAGAGUACAAAAAUGCAUACGUCUCAUACUUAUCGUCUCCAUCUACAGAAAGUUUGAGUGCUUAUUUUAAUACACACAACGCUUAUAUCCAGCAGCUGCAUGCAACGAAUGGGAUGAUGGAAGAAUUUGGAAAAAACACAUUGCCGUCUUUAUUACAGGAAUUAGAAGAAAUUUACGUAGACUUGUGUUCAACUUUGACUGAAGCGGUUCUACAGGGUGCUGAAGUAGUUUCAAAUAGAUCAAUGGAACAAUGUAGGCGAUAUGAAAGCCUGGUCUCCCAAUGCCGGUCCGUCUCAGGAGUUUCCGAUCUCUCUCAUCUAGCUCGAUCCCUACCAGUUCCCUCCGGUAGGGGACCCAUUUUGAGAAGAAUAUUCAUACCGCCUCAACCGCCUCCGCCGACCGAUGUUGCUGAUGGGGAUUUAACUGACUUACCAACUACUACUGAUAUCGUCCCUCCUCCCUUACGUGACGAACUAGUAAUCGAUAAACUGUCGGCAGUCCAAUUGAAACCCAGCCACGAUGUUCUUCAUAAAGAAGCUCAAGAUCUUGAGAUUCAAAUCCGUCAAAUCCAGGAUGCCGUAGAUACCCUGCUGAGGAUUCAGCAAAAGUCCGUCGAAGCAUCGCUGUAUAACAAAGCCAACGAAUUGCAAGAAGACAUAUCAAUGAAGAGGUUCGACCUGACAGUCGCUCAGAUUCAUCUUAGUGCUCUCAAUGCCCAAAAAGAACUUUUUUCGAACAAACUCGAAGGCGACUCGGUGAAUCGCGAACGAAAAAUGUCCGGCGCAUCGACGGCUAGCAUGAAAAAUAAGUGGUUGAAGGCCUUCAAAAGCCUGAAAACCCCACCUCCAGAAGCCGAAAAGAAAAACGGAGCGGCGGCUACAAGGGAGUUGCUGAAAGGAGAUCCGGAUGCUCAUAACUUCCAGGAGUACACGUACAAGAAAAUAACUCCCUGCGAUGUUUGCUCGCAGGUGCUUAGAGGUCACACACGCCAAGGUCUAAAAUGCCGAAUCUGCAAGAUGAACAUCCACAUGGACUGCCAGGAAAAAGCUUCAAAAUGUCAAACAAAAGCAAGGCUUCUCAGAAGGCAAAAAUCUACAUCAGAAAUCGAAACACGAGUGCCAGAGUUGAACCCAGACGAAGAGAGGGUAGCAGAAGUGUUUUCAAUGCCAACAAUUAAUAGACGUUUGUCAGUGAGGAGCUCCAACCAUCAUAGCCAAGUCAACCCUCCUCUCAACAACGCUGUUGUUUUAGACCUCAAGCAGGGCACAUCGGUGAUGAACAACAUGACGAUAGCAGAGUCGACUUCGAUGCGAAGAAGACUUUUUGCCGGAAUGAAAAGUCUAACGGGUUUUGGUUCAAGGUCGAGGCACGGAUCACCUGGUCAUCGUUCCAUCUCUCUGCCAGAAAAAAGAAACUCACAAGAUGGGUCUGGAAAUCGCCCAUUCGGACAACCUUUAUUAUUAGGUCUCCCGUCCGAAAAAGGGAAUGGCUUUGAAUUCCCCCCCGCUCCUUCAAGUCCAACUCCCUCCAAAGGAAAAACUUCACCUGAUCCCAAAUCGCGUUUAAAAAAUAAAAAUAAAUAAUGACGAUAAAUAAUUUAAUAAAAUAUUUUAUUUGAGUUUUAAAAUCAGUUUUUCUUCUUUUUUAGUUUGAUGAAUAAAUUAAUUAUAUUAAAAAUUACCUUAUUUUGUGUAAAUAUGUUUUUAUUAUAUUUUUGUCAAUAUUUUUCAACUGUGAUAAAAAUAAAAAAUGUUAAGUAA